AUGGGCAACAAUCUCGUCCCGGACGUCUAUGCGGCCUCGAUCAUCACCUUCGUGCCCGCAACUGCGAGUUUCGCUGCACGAUGGUGGGCCAGGAGCAUAACGGGUAUCAGCCUUUGGUGGGAUGACUGGUUUGUCAUCAUCGCAUAUUUCUUCGCCGUCGCCUACAACUGUGCAUCAUGGGCCUGGAUCCAGACUGGGGUUGGUCAACAUCUGGCCGAGAUCCCUGGUGACCCAGCCGUCGCGCUUCGCAAUGCCUCAAUCCACAUCAUGGUCGCGGAGUUGACCUACGCGACAUCGCUGGCCUUUGUCAAGUUCUCCAUCCUUGCUUUCUACUGGAGGAUGUUCAAGACGUCUCCCAUCAAAAUUCCCAUCAUGGUACUCUUUGCCCUGUCCAUGAUCUGGUUGAUCAUCCGUACCUUUAUGAGCAUCUUCCAUUGCAUUCCGGUCUAUGCUCUGUGGGAGCCUAAUGUCCCUGGUGCUACAUGUAUCGACGGCUCUAAAUUCUUCACGGCCUCGACCUCUGCCCACCUCGGGCUCGAUAUCCUCAUCAUGGCUCUUCCAGUCUUCCAAAUCGGGCGCCUGAAGCUCAAGAAGACUCAACGACUUGGUGUCAGCCUGUUGUUCUUGUUCGGCACGCUUACGUGCAUCGCCAGCAUUUGCCUUGUCAUCAGAGCAGUUGCCCUUAACCCAAAGACGACCGACCUGACGUACGACAUCGCUCCCAUCAUCAUAUGGGCCUCGGUUGAGGUCAACCUUGCCGUGAUUGCCGCCUGCUUGCCCUUGCUGCGGCCCAUUUUCAGCCGCCUGCUCAACAAGAUGCACGUCGGCUCAAACGACAAGUCGAGCGGUGCGGGAAUGACGGGAGACUACCAGCACACCCGGCCCAAGUCGUUUGUCCGGAUCGGCACCCGUGGCGGCACUCGGACUGGCGGCGAAGGUGGCCGCUCCAAGGUUUCUGAUGACACAGACUCGACUUAUGAGCUCGCAAAAUCGCCCAUUCACGGCGGGGGCACGUACCCUGUUGGUAACGGGAGCGCCGACUCCAUGGAGCGCGGUGACCGCCACAACGGAGGCUUCGACGGUGGUCACAGCAGGGCUCAGGUGACGAUUACAGGGGUGGCUCCAGAGGCAGGCAGUUCGCGAUGGGGCUCUACCUCGGUUGCUCCUGGAGGAAUCAUGGUCAAGAACGAGACAAGCAUCCAAGUGAGUCAUGGGGCAUGACUGUAACUAUAUCUUGGAUUGCGAGUGUUUUCAAAUACAAUGACAAUCGGAUGUGCAACCACGGCAAUGGUGCUCUAGGAUAAUCUCUGCCACGCGUUGUUCGAAUCAAUAUUGCCAUGGAUAUGUACGUGGCUUCAACCAAGUUUGCCACGUCGUAGCAGGUGACUGCCACGACACAAGCUUAUUAUGACACCG